CAAGUCGAACCAGCUAGAAACACAGUGGCACUUCACAGUCUGAGUAUCUAUACUGCUUCAUAACAUUUAAAGAGUUUUCAGUCACACUCAGCGCUUUUUCAACAGUACUGAAACCUCAUCUCGAAUUUUUCCCACGCUAAGUGUUUUUCAAGGGAUACACAGCCAUCCAGCUUGAGACUCUCGUAGACCACAGCACGCGUGCUACACUCGCUUAAUACAGACAUCAAGAUAGAGAUAUCGAAGAGAUUGCAAAGACAAAAGGAUUGUCUUCAUAUUUUCGAUAGAAAUCUAGAAUCUGAAAUUUACUGAAUUGAUUAAUUUCAAAUCUUCGAACACUGAAUUCAACGUUGUGGACAAUUGUUUACAAGAUUUCUCCAUAACAAUCUUUUGGCUAAUCAGCUCUUUAUAGUCAUUCACAACUUCAUAAGUGUUUCACUAGAAGAAUAAAUUUUAUAGAAAGUCAAUUGAUUCUUUCUGAUUCUUUAUCCAUUUUCAAACCAACAUGCACAUAAUAUUUACACUUGCAUCGUGGUUCUUAACUUCCACGUUGUUCUAUUCGUUAGCCUCAGCUGACGUUGACAUCACUGCACCAAAGCAAGGGGACUCAUUCUCUGGUUCCGGGGGUCUGGCUUCUUUCAAAGUCAGUUGGGAUGAUGAUUCUUCUGAUUCUUCUGACGAAUUCUCAUUGUCCAACGUUAAAUAUUAUACCAUUUUGUUGUGUACCAACACAAAUACGGAAAUCGGUUGCGAUGACAAAAAUCCUCUUGUUUUCCAACUACCAUUAAGUUCGAAGUCAACAACAGUAACUGUUCCUGCUAGCAACUAUCCUAAUGGUUACUACUACGUUCAAAUCUAUACUACAUUCAAGUCUGGUUCCACGACUGCCCACUACUCUAACAGAUUCCAUUUGACAAGUAUGUCUGGUACAAGUAUAGCCUCAAUUAUAUAUACCAUUACUGGUGCUGGUCCCGCGGCCGAUACUUCCGAUAUCGACGGAGGUUCAACCACGUAUGCUUCUUCGUUGUUUACGAUUCCGUACACUAUGCAAACAAGCACCAAGAGAUUUGCUCCUAUGCAAACUCAACCUGGAAGCAAAGUCACCGCUACUACCUGGAGUAUUAAGUAUCCUACCAGUGCUGUUACUUACUACACCACCAAGGGUCCAAAGCCUGUGGUUAUGUCUACGAUCACUCCUGGUUGGGACUAUACCCCUACUUCUUUGCCUAACGCAGCAUCCGUAGCUCCAUAUCCAAGUUACUUCUAUCCUGCCAGCGACAGAGUCAGCAAGGCUACAUUGAGUGCCGCUACCAAGAGAAGAAGAUGGUUAGACUUGGACUAAGCGCUGCUUAGUUAGUUUGCAUUAUUGUUUUAAUAUAAAGUCAAUUGUAUUUGAUCAC